CCUCGUCAUUUUACAGCUAUCAAACAACCCCACCACCUGUCUGGAUAUUUUCACCAGCCCCCAACAUAUAUUCCCAUCAAGAUUUGCAGCAAAGUAUUGGGAGGAUCAGCUAACUAUAGCUAGGUAGUAUACUUGUUAUUUCCUGCAUGAAUAUUGGGAGGAUUUUGCUAACUAAAAAGAGCCUGUUGACAGGACGACGUUAUUCUCAUUUAUCGAAGAAGAUGAAGAAGAAAACGAACAAGGAAUCUCAAAGGAGAAAGCUAAUUAGAAAGAGAUCAUCAAAAGAGAAGAAUAUGGUUCAAAAGUUGUAUGAUACUUGCAAGGAAGUGUUUGCUAGUGGUAAGGCUGGCUAUGUUCCUCCUCCCUCCGACAUCCACCGACUAAAGUCGGUACUCGAUAGUCUGGAACCAAAGGAUAUCAAGCUUACAGCGCCAAGCUUGGAAUUUUCAAGUAGAAAUGGAACUGAAGAUGAAGCUCCUCUUGUCACCUACAUUAAGCUUCACGAAUGCAACAAAUUUUCGAUAGGGAUCUUCUGUUUGCCACCUUGUGGGGUAAUUCCUCUUCAUAAUCAUCCCGGCAUGACCGUGUUCUGCAAGCUUCUAGCUGGAACCAUGCAUGCCACGUCAUAUGAUUGGGUGCAGAAUCACCAACAGUUUAACCAUUGCGAGCAGCAAUUAGCUGGGAUUCGGCUGGCAAAGGUUCAUUUUGACGCAGACUUGAGUGCACCGUGCAAUGCAUCAGUUCUAUUCCCGGAAUCAGGAGGCAAUUUGCACUGCUUCAAAGCUCUAACGCCUUGUAUUCUACUGGAUGUUUUAGGUCCACCUUACUCCGAAUCAGAAGGCCGUCGCUGUACACACUAUCAAGAUUUCACUUAUGACUGUUUUUCUGUUAAUGGAUUAAUUGCAGAUGUUAAAGAAGUGGAGGCGGAGGAGGAUGGCACAAGAUAUGCGUGGCUACAAGAAAGAAACGAGCAGUUUGUAGUGUUAGGGGGAACAUAUGACGGUCCUACAAUUCAAAUAUAAAGACCUUAGCUUGUGUAUAUAUAUAACUCUUCUAAGUAGCCUUUCUAUGAGCAUACAAAGAAAUUUCAUUUGACAUUUUUCAACUAGUCAUUAAUUUCUUCCUCUAUUUAUUUGGUGGUUGAA